UUGCUUUUCGCAUCAGUGUAAAAUGUGUCCCAGUAUGUAGCAUAAUCCCAAAGUAUGUACGAGAUAGUGAGGUUUCUAAUGAGAUUUGGAAAAAGGGGGAGUUUGUGAGGUAUUUAUCUGGAGGAAGAUAACACUUGGGAGGGACAAAUUGAAGGAGGCUCAGCAAAAAGCAGAUUGCUGCUGAGUAUCUGCACCACAAGCUAGUCAACCUGUGAUACUCAGAACACAGAACGUUAACUGGGAUCCCAGUCCUGAGCACUAUACAUUAUAGGCAAUCUUGGCCAGUUCAGUCUCAAGCCAUGGAUGUCCAGGAGAUGUCCUCUCCCUCAAGGACCGAUUCUUCAGAAGAACUGUGCUCAUCUGCACAACUAACUAAAGGCAUGUCUAUCUUCCUAGAUAUACUGAGACGAGCAGAUAAGAAUGAUGAUGGGAAACUAUCCUUUGAUGAAUUCAAGGCUUACUUCGCUGAUGGAAUUCUUAGUGCUGACGAGCUGAGCGAACUUUUCCACAAGAUCGAUACUCACAAAACUGAUAACCUGGACACAGAAGAAUUAUAUGAUUACUUUUCCCAGCAUUUGGGGGAAUAUGAAAGUGUGCUUGCGGCAUUGGAAGAUCUAAAUCUUUCCAUAUUAAAGGCGAUGGAUAAAACAAAGAAACGAUAUCAAAAUGCUUCAAAACUGGAACAGUUUGUGACACGUUUUUUGUUAAAGGAAACAUUGAACCAGCUGCAGUCACUUCAGAACUCUUUAGAAUGUGCCAUGGAAACCACCGAAGAACAGACACGUCUGGAAAGACAAGGUCCAGCAAAACCAGAAGUGCUUUCCAUCCCUUGGUCAGGGAAGCGAUCUAAUCGAAGGCUCCAAAGGAACAAUAGUUUUUCUCCAAACAGUCCACAGUUUAACAUUGGCUUGUUAGAUGAAGACAACCAGUGGAUGACCCAGAUAAACAGACUUCAGAAACUAAUUGACAGACUGGAGAAGAAGGAUCUGAAGCUGGAAGCCCUGGAGGAAGAGGUUUUAGAAGGAAAUACAAACUCUCACAUAGUGAUUGUUCAGCGCCAAUUAUCUGUUCUAAUAGAGGAACUAGAUGAAUUCCGGCUCGCUCUGAAACACUAUGUGGAAUCAGCAUCGGCUCAGACUGGAUGUUUACAUGUUGCCAUUCAGAAGCUUUCAAAUGAGUCUCGUUUCAUACUUUAUGAAUUUUGGGAAAGUAGCAACAUCUGGAAAAACCAUCUUCAAAGUAAUUAUAGCAAAACCUUUCAAAGAAGUAAUGUCGACUUUCUGGAAACUCCAGAGCUAAUGACAACCAUGCUAGUACCUGCUUCGUGGUGGGUACUGAAUAACAACUAAGUGAACUCUCUCCCAACCUUCUGUGGACCGGCGGUAGAUGUUCAAAAUUGUAAAAAAAAAUACAAUCUGUACUACUAUAUAUAACUACAUGUAAUAUUUGGAUAAACAUUGUAACCUGCAUAGUGCAGUGAGAACAAACGCUGUGACAUGCUGUGUGCAUACGUAUAAUCAACAACAUGAUCCACCAAACGUGGUACAGUAAUUUGUGUAAUUAAAGUGAGGAGAUGCACUAAAGCAGGCUUCCCCAAACUCCGGCCCUCCAGAUGUUGCUGAACUACAACUCCCAUGAUUCUCAGUCUAUCUAUCUAAUUCAUAGAAUCAUGGGAGUUGUAGUUCAGCAACAUCUGGAGGGCCGGAGUUUGGGGAAGCCUGCACUAAAGUAUAGCUUUCUAUACGAAAAAGAAAAAUCGAGGUUUUCAUUUAUAAUUCAUGGGUUUGUCUGUCUCACUGUAAAUAUCCAUUCCCAUAGUUAGAACUGUCCGAACUCCGCCAGUAUUCUUGAAGAUACAGCACUAAAUGAACCUUCACUUUCCAGGAUUUUGUAAUUUUAUGUUACCUUACCCAUACAUAGCAGAUAUGUGUUUGCGAUGUCUGAAAAAUAAAAUUAAAUGUAAAAAUUCUCAUAUUUCUAUUGUGAAACUGAAUGCGCUCAUCUUUACUUACUUUCAUCCACCAUUAAAAGACUUGUCAUCUGGACCUGUCAGUUGACGUAGUGAGUGGAAGAAUAGAAUUGUGCCAUGGCUGUUCCUGGAUUGUGAUGCCAAUUGCUAAAUCUUUAAUAUACAUUUCAAAGAAAACUAUCACAUGAAAAAAAGUCAACAUGUGAUAUAAGUGAUUUUCAAUAUUGUAAUUGAAUAAACACUCCCAGCACCAUAUUUAGAUUGGUGUGUCAUCUUAUCUGGGACCCCUGUGUGCCUGCAUCACCUUGGCUUCUGAUGCGUAAUGUCUUCACUGAGCUAAGCAGGUCCAAGACAGGACCUCAGUCUGGUUGAAAGCACUCACUUGGUAUUCUCAACCCUUGAGAGAACUCUUGCACUGCUCUGCAUAGCUCAAUGGAGUUAACCAGAUUGCCAUGCAAAGACAAUCUGGAUGCAGGGCUGAGACCUAGGUAAGUUGUCGAACCAUUAUAGAACAAUUUGACAAAUUACUCUGGGAGGGCACCAGGCACUCAUAGCACCAUUAUCACUAAAGCAGGCCUGUUCUGGUUCUAGUGCUUGGAGUAGUUAUUUAAAUAGAUUUUCUCACUCCCCUGGGUGGUAUAUUUAUUCCUCAUUCUCAGAUCCUCUACCAGAGGACUAGAAGUCGUAGGGUUCUGCACAGUAUCUUCUGGAUAGCGAUCUCACAGCCCUGAGUGCUCCUAUCACAACUGGGACUACUACGGCCUUCUCUUUCCACAUCCUUUCUAGCUCUUCUUUCAGAUUAAAAUAAAAACACAAGAAAAAAAACCUUGAAAAGGAAACAGACGAAAAAAAAAAAAAAAUUAUGCCACCCCCAUCCUGCCCUACCUAAAGAUUGUAAAAUCUUACCUUUAUUCCAGUCCUCUGCUGCUGUCUCUGUCCAAGAUCUGCCUAAGAAGUGAUCUCAGCAAAACACAAGUAUUGGAUUGUCAAUUCUGAUCUCAGCCAAGAAGGCAGAUCAGGGGCCAUUAAACUGUAGUUGUUCUGAUUGAUAUAUUGUCCCUUUAACUCUAAGAAAUGAUGUUGGAUGUCCUCAUGCUAUGCAUGAGGAUGUCUAGAGGCUCCAAAAUAAGUGCAUGAAUGCAGGAGCAAAUGUGUAGUGGAUCAGGUGUUUUUGUGUGAAGGAUCAGUAUUGUAUAUCUAUACAAUAUUCAUCAACAUAAUAACGUGCACUUUAGUUAAUUUCACUCAGAUUUCAACAUGCAUGUCCCAUUACCAUGAAAACCUUUAUGCGAAUAUCGUAAAACUAAACUAAUCCUACCCACAGCAGCAGAUUUACACUAUAUGCUGGCAGGUCCCUUCUCAAUGAAUGAUACAGAAACCCAAGAUAAACACUUUGGAUGUCAUUAUGCCUCUUCUGUGAGUUUUAGCUGAUCUCUCUAGGCACAGGUAAGGGGACUACAUCUGGAGUACGCUUAACGUAAGGAACCCUAAUAAUAUGUAAGCAAGCACAAACAGAAUUUAUUAGAACACUGUGUAUUCACACAUAGGAGAGGUGAAAUGUUUAGGGAAAGGGCACAAAGUGAUAUUGGAAGGGAAGGCGGUGAGCUAGUGAGGGUGGUUGAAGUGUCAUGGAGGAGCACUGGUGUGCAGCCUCCCUCCAUCUCAUGACUCCCCUAAUUGCUUAUUUCUCCAUGUGAUUACCCCUCAGCUAUGAGGUGCAAGGGGACCUUAUUUCUUGGAAAGAAUUGCCAUGGUGCACACAACUUAAGCUUAUAUAGCAAAUUUCACACAUACAUUGAAUUAGAAAUUAUUAUUAUUAUUUUUUUAAAUGCUGUUCAAUUAUUUAUUCAGAAAUUUUACAUUACUGCUUGUUAUAUAAAAAGUAAUAGCUUAUGCCGAUUUUCAUAAUAGCCUUUUAAUUUGUAUGUGAGAACAUAUCUGUGAGUUCAAGGCCAAAUGGAUAAUAUUCUAGGACUACCUGCCUGUAGGUGUAAAAUGUCACAAGAUGAGUGCUGUGUCCUUGUCCAGAUCUUGCCCAGUACCGGUCAGAACCUCUGAAACGUGAAAAUUUUAAGUUACCUCUGUUAGUAAUAUUUUUUUGUGAGUGCUACUUACAUGUAUUGUGUUAACAUUGGAUAUAAAAAUAAAUAUCUAUAUCACAUAGCUUUCAAUAUUACCCAUGACAUGUUAGAAGUUAGAAAAUAUUUGCCAUUAUACAUCAGCAAUGCAAAGUACUGACAUAUGUAUUUGAGGUUAUAUGUCAUUAUAUAUGUUUUGCAUAUUCGUUCCAAUUAUUGUUUAAUUGUUUUGUUUUAAAUAGGGUUACUACAUGUGUGUUCACAUGUGUUAUAUGAACACCAUGAACAGUGUCCAGUGGGCAUCUACAGAUCUUCAUUGGAUUUCUUUGUCUGUCUUUUGCAAUUAUAAACAAAGUUAAUGUACUAAAAUGUUCACAAUUGAGGAAGUGGUCUCUUACUCAGCCAUAUAGACAAUGCAUAUUCCAUUAGAUACGAAAACUAGAAACAGUCUAUAUCGCAAGAAUACAAAAUUCAAUAAUAUAUUAAUAAUUCAAUUGUUAUGAACUAUGCUCUGAAGUAUGUUAUAUACACACACAAACACAAUGCUUUUGUAAUUUCGUUUUUGGUGGUCCUAUGAAUUAAAACACCCUAUACAAACAAACCAGCUAUGCCAUUGUUCCUAUAGCCUGUUUUUGCAGGUCAUUAGCUUCAAGUUUAGUUGUGAUUGACAAACCACUUGCAAAGUGUAGAACAAAAUGUUGUGGGUAA